UAUCGACUAAGAGCCAAAGUGUCGGGGGAGCGUCACUGUCAGGCGGAGGGCGCGGAAGCAAUACACACGACGACGACGACGACGACGACGGCCUAGAAUCGAAAAUUUGACGAGAGGGUGGUGUUCUUGGUUUUUGUGUGUGGCAAUAUACACAGCACCACUCGACACAGAUCUCGUAGGUUUCGCGGCGCGCGCGCUUGUCGAAGUCUCGAUGCGCGAACUAUCGAAAUGGUGGUGUGCUGACCAAAAGGGUGGAGUGGUGGUUACUGGAAAUUUGCCAGAACAUGGGGAAGUAACGUGUCUCUCGCGUUCGUGCCCCUAAUCGACGACUUCUUGUCGGUAAUCUGGUCGUUCCCCGUUCUGGCAACUGUUUGCGAAAGUGAAUUUAAAAAGAAAGCAAAAAAAAAGAAAAAGAAAAAAACGCAACCAACACCCCCCCCCCAAAAAAAAAAACAAAAACAAAAAAUGAGACCAUUAAACGCACUUUGGCACGUCGCGACCGCGAGUGCUCAUUCUCAUUUUUCCCUCUAUUUACGCGAAAUGUCACCCUAAGCAGAAAUCCCGACAGGCAGCAUUGGUAUUCCCAAAAGCGUCGCCCACCACCACCACCACAUCAUCAUCAUCAUGCUGAUAAUUAAUUCGUAACCGGAAAUCGCCUUUUCCCGAGGGCGUUAAAGCGGGAAAACCAGGAGGGAAUUUAUUUUUUUGGGAAACCAAGGAAAUAAAGGGAGAUGUAUGCAGCAGCGGGUGGUGCUUCCAUUGCCAAUAGAAGAAAACAACAAAAGCGGUUGCAGCUGAAUAAGCGGUCAGAUGUUGCGACUGCAUCAGCUGCAGCUGCUGCAGCAAGGAUCAAAAAUACUCCAGCAACAACUAGUCACAAUACGAGAAAAUUUUCACGUCCACAAUCAUCAUCAACACUAUCAGCACCACCAACGUCGUGCGCCUUCCAUUGUAUAGAACGACGACGUCGGGUUGAAAGGUGCCAGCAAUUGGCCCCAAUUUCUCCUAUACAAUUUCCCAUUUCACCACCGCCACUAUCCUUAGAAUCACCAAGCCCUAAUAAAUCGUCAAAUUUUCCAUUUCCACCGCCUUCCAUCCUCGGAGUCUCUGCUACAGAAUUACUACAGUGCGGUGGACAAGCAUCGAGUAAAGCAGCAUGGCAAGGAUGCAAUCGACCUCCACAUCUAGAAUCCCCAGUCUCUCCGCAAGGAUCACGAGAAGGCUACAAAACCAAACAAUGUGAAGCUCAUCGACGAUGGAUGAAAAGAAACAGGAUACGAGAUGCGAGUUACUGUUAUGGAAGCAGUGGAGAGGACGACGAGGAAGAAGACGGAUCUGGUGCACGUCGAACAGGUGAAGUGAGUGCAGCGGCAAAUACAUUAUUAUACACUGGACUUGGAACAACUGCACUUGGCCUAGUAAUUUCUUUCGUUGGAACGGGAGAAAAAGGAUUCCUCAGCCCGGAAUUAAGACUAAUUGGACCGUCACUACUUUGUGCUGGUUUACUAUGUUGCUUCCUACGGGUGUUCCUCUGUAUUUGUCUAUGUCCCUGUGGACAUUGUCGUUGGAAACCCUGUCCCUGUGUCUCCAAGAAAAAUCGCAAAAAACAUAAAGAGGAAGUGCCCUCGCUGGAACCGUCGCUACCAACAGCUUCACUUUUAUCGCCCUUGUCACAACCGGCAAUGCCUUCAUCCUCCUGUAUAAUUUCACCAGUGACAAGAGGACGUGAACUUCUACUUUCACCUGCCCAAUUACCUGAGUGACGGUCCCGAUAAUGAAAAUCAAAAACUUUUUCUACAACACAAAAAAAAACACAAAAAUUUUACUGCCGGUACCAGAGUGGAGCGAGAAUUUACGUGAAAAAUCAGAGUUACAUCCACUCGCGAAUCGUUAUAUAUAUAAACUAGUUAACCACGAUUUAGUGCUUUAAUUGAAAAAAAGAGAAUUGAGAAUAAAUAAUAAGCUGAUGUUUUCUAA